CGGUACGCGCGUCUGUCCGGCGUGCGAUCGUUUUUCGCCAAUUAUUGUGUGCGUGAUCGCCGUGAACUUAACGGAGUUCCUUUUUUUAACACUAAAUUUGAACGUUCUUUUUUUGGCGUUAUUGGUGUAAUUUUCCGCCCGCCGUACGCGCAGUGCCGUUUCGGUGUGUUUGUUCGCUGCAGAAAACCGUUGUCCUUUAUCGUCGGAAUUGUGUGCACUUAUGGACCGGUAAGCCGUCUCAUUGCGUAACUCCCGUUCGUGCGUCCAUAAGUUGCCACAUCGCGAGUUCAUCCGGUUUAUCUACAGCAACAACAGUGCGCGAGAAUUUAAUAUUUAUAUCCACUUAUCACAUCAUCGUAUUAUCAAGAGUACCCGGAUCGGCGGCGAGUACGAAGACGAUACCAGCCACCUGCACACAAUUAUCGAAGGAAAGCUAUAAACAGAACGACACUAAUUCAAUAACAAUAUAAAUAAUUACCUCCAUGAACGGAACCGAUUGCGAGGAAGAUGGCGCAGGUGCGUUCUUGAUGCCGUUAAAAAAGAAGCGGUGUCCAGCCCAGACGGAUUGUCCACCUGCCCGCGCUGGGCCCCGUGUCACUCGGUUCGAGGAUUCGGUCGAGUGGAAAUGGACAAAAUGUACCAGCGAAAGCCUGUUCCGGACUCUAGGCCGAUUUUACGACGAGACGUGGUUCCCGACCGUGAUCAACGAAUGGUGUGAGCUUUAUUACCGAUGCAACUACGAAACCGAUUACUGGCAGCACCGCGACGAGUGGCUGGCCGGCGACGAGGAGGUCCGGUUGGCCGUGUGGGCUGAAGUGCUCAGACAUCGCGACCAACACGACGCGAACCAAAGCGAACAGUGUGAUAUCGACCUGAUGCACGUCGACGACCGAGUGGACGCCGCCAAGAUAAUGGAAAUACACGGGGCCAUAAACGAGGCUAACGAUCGGAUCGAAUUGAAAAGAGUAGACAUACAAGCCACAAAUUGUGUCGAGAAACCGAGUGCCGCAGAAAGGAAACGGGCAGAAGUCGAAGCAGCAGAGAUAGCGUUGGCUGAUCCGGACGACGAACCAGACUGGGUGGAAAUGCGACGCAGGAUGCGCGGCUCGUUUGCAGCAUUAAAUCUGGCUCGGUGUGAUGUAAGCACUGAACUCCUGGAUCACAUUAUGAUUGAACUGUGCAAGUAUUGGGCCAAUGUGCCGGAAUUGGAGCACACGAUUGAACCGCUCCUGGAGAGGAACAUAAUGCGCGAGGUACAAAACUUUAGGUUCAAACUUUUCAAUGUGUCAAUUGAUAUCGAACCGGAAAUUCAACAGUCGUGUCCGGACGCGGAGGAACCGGAACCGUGUUACAUACGACCGAGGUCGUCAUCCGUACCGCCACCACCACCACCAUCGUCACCCGUGAUAUGCAAGAGACAGAAACCUAGAACGGCAAGCUGUCGCAGUCGCAGACCAGCCACCACCAAGUUGGCCGAAGCCAGAGCUCGACAAAACGCAGCCCGAGCGUUGAACCGUGAAAACGCGUCUAUAGGUCAAUGUCGUAGCCGUAGGUAGUUCGCGACCAACUGAUUUUUACGAGUCUUAAUUUUAUUCUUAAAUUGUACGCUAUGACAAUAUUUUAAAUGAUAACGAAAUAAAAUUUAAAAUUCAAUUAAACCACAUGCUCUUAAAAAUACAA